AUGUCCGCCGGUGCCUACGACCGUCACAUCACCAUCUUUGCCGACAAUGGUCGUCUCUACCAAGUCGAAUAUGCUUUCAAGGCCAUCACGGCGGCCAACAUAAUGUCGGUCGGCCUCCGCGGCAAGGACUCUGCCGUCGUCGUAUCGCAGAAGAAGGUUCCCGAUAAGCUGAUGGACCCCUCGUCUGUCACGCACCUGUUCCAGCUCUCGCCCUCGGUCGGCUGCGCCAUCACAGGCUCGAUCGCCGACGCCAGGGCCUUUGCGACCAGGGCCCAGUCCGAGUGCGCGGACUUCCAGUACAAGUACGGAUACGAGAUGCCCGCCGACGCCGUGGCCAAGCGUCUGGCCAACAUCAGCCAGGUCUAUACUCAGAGGGCUUACAUGAGGCCGUACGGCGUGGCCACAACCAUCAUCUCCCUAGACUCCGAGUACGGCCCCCAGCUGUUCAAGUGCGACCCGGCCGGGUACUACAUCGGCUACAAGGGAACGGCGGCGGGUCCCAAGCAGCAGGAGGCCCUGAACCACCUGGAGAAGAAGCUCCGGAACAAGGACCACGCCGAGGGCGACUGGGAGGAGGUGGUGGAGCAGGCCAUCACGACGCUGAGCACGGUGCUCAGCAUGGACUUCAAGAAGAACGAGAUUGAGGUUGGCAUCGUCGGCGGACCGCGCACCGACGGCCAGGAGGGCUCGAGCCCGCUGUUCCGCAAGCUCACAGAGGAGGAGAUCGAUGACCGGUUACAGGCUAUCGCCGAGAAGGACUGA